UCAGUCACAACUGCGCGAUUCUAAACUAAACGUAAGAGUUCGGUCGUGGAGGGAUCACAACUGCAUCAUGUGGAUGGUGCUAGUGCUAGUUGCUGUGCUGGUCAGUGCCUUGCUACUAUAUCGGAACUAUGGCCGAGCAUACGUGGUGUCGAGCCAGUAUGGCGGGCCACCAGCUUGGCCGAUUCUUGGUAACGGUUUGUGGUUCCUCAACAAAUCGCCCGUAGAUUUCGUGAAAAUAGUUAACGAUCUCGUCGCUGUAUACGGAGAUACCUUCCGUUUCUGGCAAGGACCGCAGUUCACACUUUAUGUGGCCAAUCCCACUCUAAUUGAGGGUAUCCUGACCAAUCGCCACCUGACGGACAAGUCCAGCGAGUACGGCUACCUUUCCAACUGGCUGGGUGAUGGACUGCUACUAAGCAAACGUCAUAAAUGGCAUUCCCGACGGAAGGCUAUCACUCCGGCCUUUCAUUUCAAAAUUUUAGAACAGUUCGUAGAAGUGUUUGACAGAAAUUCGACUGUGCUCGUCGACGUAUUGGAUCGGUACGCCGAUAGUGGUACUACUUUCGAUGUAUUUCCGUUCAUAUUGCUCUACGCGUUGGAUGUAAUUUGCGAAUCGGCAAUGGGAACCUCUGUGAAAGCCCUCCAAAAUGCUGAUUCCGAAUACGUGCUAGCAGUCAAAGAAGCAGCCAACAUCUCCAUCAGACGCAUGUUCGAUUUUGUUCGUCGAACGUCGUUUUUCUAUCUCACCCCGAGCUACCUGCGAUUGAGAAAAAUGUUGAAAAUCCUCCACGGUUACACCGACAAUGUUAUUAUUUCCCGACGGAAGCAAUUGAUGCAUCACAGUAAAAUGGAAGUUUCCAGGUUGGAGUCCAACGAAUCUAUUGAUUUGGGAGUGAAAACGCGGGUGGCUUUCCUAGAUCUUCUACUUCAAACUCGAAUCGAUGGGAAGCCUUUGACCGAUCUGGAAAUUAGAGAGGAGGUGGACACUUUUAUGUUCGAGGGCCACGAUACUACGACAUCCGCGGUAUCUUUCACCAUAUACAACCUGGCCAAGUAUCCAGCUGUCCAGCAGAAAGCUUACGAUGAAGUGAUAGCCGUAAUUGGAGAUGAUCCAACAAAAGAGAUCGAACUUUCCCAUCUGCAAGAUCUCAGCUACUUAGAGAUGACAAUCAAAGAAACGCUUCGACUUUAUCCAUCCGUUCCGCUCAUCGGUCGACGAUGCAUCGAGGAGGUUACCAUCGAAGGUAGAACGAUUCCGGCUGGAGCUAACAUUAUCAUCGGAAUUCACACCAUGGGUCGAGACCCGAACUAUUUUGAAAACCCACUACAAUUUAUUCCGGAACGGUUCGGAGGUGAAAUGUCGUUGGAAAAGUUUAACCCGUACAAAUUUAUUCCAUUCAGUGCGGGACCCAGAAAUUGUAUCGGACAAAAAUUCGCUAUCAACGAAAUGAAGAGCGUGAUAUCGAAACUUUUGCGAUACUACGAAUUUAGCCUGCCGGCAAACAGCGACGUACCCUUACUGGCAUCUGAACUGAUUCUGAAACCUCACCACGGAAUCCCGUUGCAGAUCCGACGCAGAGAGAACAAACGAAUGUAGAAUUAGCUUUCAACAAAUACGACGAAUAUUUCAAUCCCGGUGUGAUUGAAUAUGGUUAACUAAAAACAGCUAAUAAAAUAAACCAGUUCUUGGUUGUAGGAUGGAAAGGAUAUUUUAGUGCCGAGAGCAAAUAUUAAUGCCAUAUUUUUAAUACAAAAAAUUUAGUUGUUACUUCGCUCACCAUUCAAAUAUCUACUGAUCCAGCAUAUAUAAUAAAUUCACAAGAUAUUAACGGUAAAAAUUUCCAAUCGCCCUUAAAAACUUGAAUAAACAAAUGAUGAAUGUGUCUCAGCAGUAAAAUUCGAUUGCCGAUAGCUUCAGGUCAAUUAAUAUUAGACCCAGUAUUCGCGAGACGGACCAAUUACUGAAUGUGAAAAAUUUAAACCUUGGUGGCAUACAGAAGUCGUCUUUAUUCAGUUCCAUCAUAUCAAGCAUACGAUACUCCAAUAUUGCAAAGCAACCCAAACAUGAUAACGUUUGGAUCAAGUUCUUCCUGUAUAUAGACGAUGAUAAAAGCGAGGAACGAUAACACGAUCUUUCACUGCGUACUUUCGCCAUGACCAUUACAUUACCCACUUGUGCUAUUGAGAUAUCUAUAUAGGUUGAAGUUUCAGCUGAGAUUUUCGAGGCUAUCUCAGUUCAAACUUCAACCAUCUGGGCAUCUUUGAAAAAAGCAUGAAAAUCAUUUGGGACAUUGCUAGAAUUUCACUAUCUGAUUUUCAUGAAGAUUGUUCCAUUUUUGUGCUUUUUUAUUUUCAAAGAUGGCCGCUUUACGAGGCUUUCUCACUUGAACCUUAAAUAUGCUCCUCUGAGAUCUCGCAUUUUUACACUGCCACUCUUCAGACCAGUUGCCACCAAAAUGCAUGUGUAUACGAUUUAUUUUCUUCCAAAAUCAAACGUCAAAAAGGCUCAAUAUAAAUCCAGCUUGAAAAGUCCAUAAAAAUCGAAGGAUGAAUAGUGUGAUGUACGUCACCAUUACCCUAGUUGUCCUAGUUAUGUGAGGCCACCCUAUUGAGUUAACAAAACUAAAAUUCUUGAACCAACCAACCAUUCUUUAGGAGCACUGCUAGAUUUUCUCAAUGGAAUGAAAUGUUAUCAAUUUUUUUUUGCUUUUCUCUCCGCGUGUCUCUCCCUCUGGGGAUCACAAUAUUACCCCUACCAAAUUAAUCUAAAUUCAUGAAAAAUGAACGUUUGAAGCAGAAAAGCCGGUUUCAUUGGGUGCGACCAAUGUAGGCAGGCUCGGAUGAUAAUCGAUGGUUAGACCUGUCCGCACAUUACCCUGCAUAUGGUCGUCUAUUUCUGUGCGUACUUACUCUUUUCGCUUGCACAGAUCAAUCAGUACAAUACAUCCGCACUUCUCCUGCUACCAAAGUCAGUUACGAUAAUGUAAGUUGCUUUCAAGUAGGGUAAAAAAGGUAUUUUAGCCCACUUUAGGAAGUCGAUUCGUAAUUUUGCGAAACAAAUACGGUUGGAUUGUUAAGUUUGGCAUAACUUCAAAUGUAAAACAUGAAGCUGCAUCUUCUUGCUAAUACAGACCACUCAACAGUAUAAAAUA